GCCCGCCCGGAGCCCCAGCUGCGCGGCCCCAGGGACCCACCCGCCAUGGGGGACGAAGAUGAGGAGGAGGGCUGCGCGGUGGAGCUUCGGAUCACUGAAGCCAAUCUGACGGGGCAUGAGGAGAAGGUGAGCGUGGAGAACUUCGAGCUGCUCAAGGUGCUGGGCACGGGAGCCUACGGGAAGGUGUUCCUGGUACGGAAGGCGGGCGGGCACGAUGCAGGGAAGCUGUAUGCCAUGAAGGUGCUGCGCAAGGCGGCGCUGGUGCAGCGCGCCAAGACACAGGAGCACACGCGCACGGAGCGCUCUGUGCUGGAGCUGGUGCGCCAGGCGCCUUUCCUGGUCACGCUGCACUACGCCUUCCAGACGGAUGCCAAGCUGCACCUCAUCCUGGACUAUGUAAGUGGUGGCGAGAUGUUCACCCACCUUUAUCAGCGCCAGUACUUCAAAGAGGCCGAGGUGCGUGUGUACGGCGGUGAGAUUGUGCUGGCUCUGGAACACCUGCACAAGCUGGGCAUCAUCUACCGAGACCUGAAGCUGGAGAAUGUGCUCCUGGACUCGGAGGGCCACAUCGUCCUCACGGACUUUGGGCUGAGCAAGGAGUUCCUGACAGAGGAGAAAGAGCGGACCUUCUCCUUCUGUGGCACCAUUGAGUACAUGGCCCCUGAGAUCAUCCGCAGCAAGGCAGGGCACGGCAAGGCUGUAGACUGGUGGAGCCUGGGCAUCCUGCUCUUCGAGCUGCUGACAGGUGCCUCACCCUUCACACUGGAGGGUGAGAGGAACACGCAGGCCGAGGUGUCGCGACGGAUCUUGAAGUGCUCCCCUCCCUUCCCUUCCCGGAUCGGGCCUGUGGCACAGGACCUGCUGCGACGGCUGCUGUGCAAGGACCCAAAGAAGCGGCUGGGUGCAGGUGCCCAGGGGGCACAGGAUGUCAAGAGCCACCCUUUCUUCCAGGGUCUGGAUUGGGCUUCUCUGGCUGCCAGGAAGAUUGCAGCCCCGUUCCGGCCCCAGAUUCGCUCAGAGCUGGACGUGGGCAACUUUGCAGAGGAGUUUACUCGGCUGGAGCCUUUGUACUCACCCCCCGGAAGCCCCCCACCUGGGGACCCUCGAAUCUUUCAGGGCUACUCCUUCGUGGCACCCUCUAUCCUGUUUGACCACAACAAUGCAGUGAUGACCGAUGUGCUGGAGGUGCCUGGUGCUGGAGACCGGCCAGGCCGGGCAGCGGUGGCCAGGAGCGCCAUGAUGCAGGACUCGCCCUUCUUCCAGCAGUAUGAGCUGGACCUGCGGGAGCCUGCACUGGGCCAGGGCAGCUUCUCUGUGUGUCGCCGCUGCCGCCAGCGCCAAAGCGGCCAGGAAUUUGCAGUCAAGAUCCUCAGCCGAAGGCUGGAGGCAAACACACAGCGUGAAGUGGCUGCCCUGAGGCUGUGCCAGAUGCACCCCAAUGUGGUGAACCUGCAUGAAGUGCAUCACGACCAGCUGCAUACUUACCUGGUCCUGGAGCUGCUGCGCGGAGGGGAGCUGCUGGAGCACAUCCGCAAGAAGCGGCACUUCAGCGAGUCUGAGGCCAGCCAGAUCCUGCGCAGCCUGGUGUCAGCCGUGAGCUUCAUGCACGAGGAGGCCGGUGUGGUGCACCGCGAUCUGAAGCCCGAGAAUAUCUUGUAUGCCGAGGACACGCCUGGGGCGCCGGUCAAGAUCAUUGACUUCGGAUUUGCCCGGCUGCGCCCGCAGAGCCCUGCGGGGCCCAUGCAGACGCCCUGCUUCACGCUGCAGUACGCGGCCCCAGAGCUGUUGGCUCAGGGUGGCUACGACGAAUCCUGCGACCUCUGGAGCCUGGGUGUCAUUCUGGUAUGGCAGAUCCCAGGGGGACCCCGGAAGGGCUCCCGGUGCGCAGCAGUCCUGGGUAGGGGACCAGGUGGCUUUGGUAAGGGUAGCUGGGUUCCCUCUGAGGCUGGGAUCCGGGUCUUCCUAAUACGGAGGCAGGGUUGCCUUGGGCGGGGGCAGGCAGGACCCCAAGGAUGGGUUCCCCUCAUCUCGGUAUCAGGAGCAAGGCAGGGCAGGGCAAAUGGCUCUGCAGAUGGCCCAAGGUCCAUCUCCCCAUCUCCCCCAUCUCCCUAGUACAUGAUGCUGUCGGGACAGGUCCCCUUUCAAGGGGCUUCAGGCCAGGGCGGGCAGAGCCAGGCGGCCGAGAUCAUGU